CCCAACUGUCGCAAAAGGGGCCACUUUGCGGCAUUUUCACUGGGGUGGUACUAGCUUGAUUGUUUUCAUCAGUGACAUGGCCUCAGCUCCAGCACAGCAGCCCACUCUCACUGUUGAGCAGACCAGAGUGGUUUUGAGUGAGGUGAUCCAGGCCUUUUCAGUACCAGAAAAUGCUGCACGGAUGGAGGAAGCUCGAGAAAGUGCUUGCAACGACAUGGGCAAGAUGCUGCAGCUUGUGCUGCCUGUGGCAACCCAGAUCCAACAAGAGGUGAUCAAAGCCUAUGGAUUCAACAAUGAGGGAGAAGGUGUCCUUAAAUUUGCCAGACUGGUGAAGAUGUAUGAAACCCAGGACCCUGAAAUUGCAGCGAUGUCAGCCAAACUAAAGUCUCUCCUCCUGCCACCUCUGUCAACACCACCUAUAGGAGGUGCCAUUCCAGCUUCAUAGGAAUUAUUUACAUUCAUUGGUUAACUGCAAGUUACUUUUAUUUAUAAUUCUGUUUCCAAGAUCCUGUCUACCAUCUAUCCCUUUUUGUGGAAAAGUUAUAGUUUCAAAACACUAAUGCAUUCCAAGGUGAAAUCACAUCUUCAUAUUAUGGUUUAUCUUACUACAUGAUAGCAUCCUUGCAGAGCCUUGUUUAUUUAUUUGUUACAUGUUACACUAUGAGCAUUUUCUUAUGUCACUAAACCUGAAACAUUUCCUUUGAUGCCAUCUUUUGUACCAUUUUUUAAAGUGUUAAAUGCCAUUUUUGUUAAAUGUUAAAAUUAAAAUGUUUUCUCUGAA